AUGUUUGCACUGAGAAGAUCACUGUGCAUCUCAGCUUAUCAAAGAUGUUUGCAGUCGAAAUGUAUCAACCAUGUUGGGGCUCGUACCAUGACUUAUUAUCUGAGAACGAGCAGUUCAUACCGUUCUGAUGUAUCCAGUAUAGCUCAAGAAAUUCCUUCCUGGAGACAAAAUGUCAACAACGUUGUCGAUCAUAACAACAUAGACUUUACCAUGUUUUAUCUUGAUCAGCAAUUGUCAACACUUAGCGUUUCUCCACAGCAGAUUCAGAACUAUGUGUUACCUUCAGUGUACCAAGAGAAAAGUGUUGCAAUAUUAGAUAAUAUGAAUAUCAACCAGAUCAUAGAUUGUCCAAUGAAUCAUGAAAUCUUGCAGAUAUCUGACCCGCUAACUUCUUCAGCUGAUUUGAAUCUACCAGGCAUUAGUGAAAUUUCUAAAGAAGCUUCCAAUGUAAUGCAAAAACGGAGACGCAAAAUGAACAGACAUCAGUUCAAGAAACGGCAGAAGCGAAUUCGCUUUCUUAGAAGGAAGAUCAGGCAACACAGAGAAAGAGUAAAACGUCGACGGUUUGAAAAACAGCUUGAUAAAAUACGUUUUAAAGGAUUAUUUGGAAGAGAGAUUAGAAAUGCAAUCAAAGUGAGAUUAACUAAUUGGCAAAUGUAUCAAGAUUAUUUAAAGCACAUGCAAGAAAGCAACAAACAACAAAAUUAAAUUACUUCAGUUAUGAUUUUUAUUCUUGUGUACUAUGUGUACAAUGAUGACAGGACAGGACAUGACAAGCUAAAGUUGACAAUUGAAGAAGUCCCAUAAUAAUAUUAUUUUAUUAUUUUGUCUCUUAUGUGUGUCAAAUUGGUUUGUAAAUGAGUCAAGCAAAAUAGUUACCAUGGAAAAAAUGUAAUUUUACAUUAUCCUUAUUGUCAGUUACGGAAUAUUUGUGUAGUUCUAACUUGACAUUUGUUCUUGUCUAUUUUAUAAGAUUUUGUUUUGACUCGAUGUAUGUAAAACAAAUAGUAAAAAUAUUUCUGUCUUAAUUAAAGUAGAAUAUAUGACUUGCGUUA